AUGGCGGAAUUUGCGCUUGGCCUGACCAAGACGGCGGUGGCGACAACGGUGGGCCUUGUGAAGUCGGCAAUGGAGGAGCAGGCGAAGCUGCAGGUACUUGUGCAGGACGACCUCGUGUUCAUCACCGGGGAAUUCCAAAUGAUGCAAUCCUUCCUGAGCGCCGGCGGGGCGCGGCGGCGUGCAUCCAAGAACCAGGUGGUGCGGACUUGGGUGAGGCAGCUUCGGGACCUGGCCUUUGAUGUGGAGGACUGCGUAGAGUUCGUGGUCCACCUGCAUAAUCCUUCGAGCUGGGACUGGGUAGACCGCCUUGCCUGGCCAGUGAUGGUGUGCAAGCCAAGGCCACCCCUCCCCCUCGACAUGGCGGUGGGGGAGAUAAAGCGUCUCAAGGCCAGGAUGGAGGACAUAAGCCAAAGGAAUGCCCGCUACAACCUCAUCACCGGCGAUGACUCGGCGGCUGAUGUUGGGCAUCAACUUGUUACGUCCUCCGCCGGCAGUUCAAUGGCGGCGGUGAGAGCUGGUGCGUUCCAGGCCCUAAAGGAUGUGUGGAAGGCCUCGGGAAAGCUUUGUGAUCACACUGCUAUCGAUCUGGAAAGGUUGAUCAAUUCUCUAGUCAGCGAGCUCCAGGUGAUCUCGCUAUGGCGUGGAGGACAGGUAGCUGAUCUGAGCGACAGUGCUCCCAUGAGUCCUAACAAUUACGUGCAUACGGUGAAGAAAGUGUACGACGACCCCGAAGUGUGCAAACGGUUCGAGAAUCGAGCGUGUGUAAAGCUGAGCGCGCAUCACCCUUUUCACCCGGUGGAGUUCGUCAACAGCUUGCUCACGCAGUUCAGAUCUCACCACGGGCACUUGAAGGACGAAGACCAUGCAAAUGGAAAUACUACUUCCAUUUCCGAGCUCCUGCUGCAGCUCAGCAAGCACCGGUAUCUUGUCGUUAUCGAGCAAGAGUUAACCGAUUUCGCAGACUGGGAUGCCAUCAGGGCGUGCCUUCCCGAUGGCAGCAAUGGCAGCCGGGUCAUCGUCUCCACCAACAAUCUGGGGAUCGCCCUUGCCUGCACGGGGGACCCUUACCUAGUAUCCGAGCUUAUACCCUUUUCUCACGGUGGAGGCCUAUAUGCCCUUUUCCCAAAGCGUGAUGGUACUCGCAUCGGCCUGGGUGAAAUCAUUUGGCAGUUAAGACAAGACCACAUUCUCUCCUUAUUCAGUGAGGACAUACCCCGGUUCAAGGAGCAAUGGUGGAAUGAUUACAGAGUAGUUGCUGCGGGGCAAUUUGAAGGCCUCGUCGGUUAUAACUGUGACGGGCAGUGUUUCCUUGACGGGAAUAGCGCUGUGCUUGCUGAGACAGAGGGUGAGAUGUUCAAGCUGGUUAACUUGGCCAAGUCCUUAGUUUAUGCAUCUUAUACAGACGGAGAAAAAAGACAGCUCUCAUGGUGCCGUGAAGAACUUCAAAUGAUGAGUGAGGAGGAUGUAACUGAAUGGUGUCGUCGGCGUCUGACCGAAAAGGAUUACCUCAUCACGAUUUUCGGCGUGGAGACACCAGAGGACAGGGACUUGAUAAAAGAACAACUCUUAUGUGGGUCUAGUAAAAGUUGUGUCAUUGUUUUUAUAAACCAGGCGAGGAACGACAAAAAUCUGACUAAGGUGCCAUGUUUUGGUGAAAUAGAUCGUCUUGGAGAGGGAGGAGUCAGCAUAGAGCAGGAAGAGGCUGAUCAAUGUGAGCUCGUUGGGUGUGAAUAUUAUCUUGAAGAGUCUCCUGAUCAGCCUUGUUACAUGGUGUCCUUGUGGGGGAUUGCUGGUGUUGGGAAAACAGCUAUUGCCAGGGAACUGUACAAGCGCAGGUCCAGUAAAGAAGACUGCACAAUGCACGGCUGGGUGAACGUGCCGUAUCCGUUCAAUUUGACGGACGUAUGUCGGCAGUUGCUUCUAUAUUUUUACUCUGGUAACUUUGCUGCCCAGGAAUCUGUAGCUCUCGCUAUGAUGGAAGGCCAUGACCCUAUCCAAUGGUGUUGUAAGAUUCUUCGUCAAAACUGCUGCGUCGUUGUUUUUGAUGGUGUGCGGUCCAGGCAUGACUGGGACAUGCUUAGAGCAGCCUUGUUAUCCGAAGCUCAUCCUAACGGAACAACUAUUGUCACUACACGUGAAGAAAGCAUCGCCGAGCACUGUUCAGCUGAUGUUACGAUGAACAUCAGGUGUCUAGCGUACAAUGAGGCCCUCAAACUCUUUGGCAAGAUAGCUUCACAAGACAACAAAGAAUUCGAGCCUAACCCGGAAAGCACGUUGAUCUACGAACUUGUCAUAGCCCAGUGUGGCGGGCUUCCAGAAGUAAUAGUUGCUAUGGCCAAAAAGGCCUACUACCCAAUCGCGGAUUUUAAGUCCAUAUAUUACAACUUCUGUGGAAGGUUGCAGGAUCACACAGAAUUCCCAACUUUAAGGAACCUGUUUUGUUGGAUGCAAUCCUACUUUGAUGCUUGUCCGGAUGAGCUCAAGCCAUGCAUCUUCUAUAUGUCAGUCUUCAUUUCGGAGCAAGUCGUUAGGCGGACUCGCUUGAUCAGGAGGUGGAUAGCAGAGGGUUACUUAUCUGGUGCUGGUGGUACCGCGGCGGAGCAUGGACAAAAGCUCUUCGUGCAGCUCGCCUCGUUAAGCAUAUUGUACAAGGCGAGUAAUGACGAAUAUAGUGGAAGAGACUGCGUUAUUAAUGGUUUCUUCCAUGAAUACAUCAAGUCACGCCCAAUGGAAGAUAACCUUGUGUUUGUGCUAGAAUGGAGCUGCAGCGCAGGCUCGCGACUCGCUGGGAAACACCUCAGCAUCAGCAGCAGUUGGGAUAGAGAUGAGAAUGUGUUCAACACGGUCGACUUGUCACGGCUACGGUCGUUGACAGUGUUCGGGCCGUGGAAGCCAUUCCUCGUCUCUAAGAAGAUGAAGGUGCUCCGGGUGCUUGAUCUGGAGGGGACUACAAGUGAAGACGGUAGCAGCUGCUGUGUAACAGAUGGUGACCUGGAGCAGAUCGCCAAGUGGCUGGGUCGCCUCAAGUUCUUGUCCUUGCGAGGAUGCAGAAGAGUCACUCGUCUCCCGGAUUCACUCGGCGACAUGAGGCAGCUGCAGACUUUGGAUGUGAGAGAUACCUCCAUAGUCCAGCUGCAAUCUUCUAUCAUCGCCAAGCUACUUAAGUUGCAGUACAUUCGUGCUGGCACGACCACUGAUACAAGCCCUUACAUAGUACCAAUACCAACAUCAGCACCAACACCAAUACCAGCACCAGCACCAACACAACCAUCACCACCCACACCAACGCCAACCCCAUCACCUCAACAUGGCGACACGAGGAGGUUAGUAGAACCCGCUGCAGCUUCACCAGCAGCAGCAACAAGUGUGAUCCAGGGGGGACGACCAACGAAGGUAUGGAAGAGGAUGGCGCGUGGUUUGCAGGAAUACCGGUUGAAGUCCAAGUAUCAGCAGGAUAUGGGCAGUCGCCGCCGUCUUGCUGCAAAUGGCGGUGGUGUCGAGCUUUCGGGUGGCGCGGCGAAGGGGAUCCGGGGGAUGACGGACCUGCAUACACUUGGUGUUGUUAAUAUUGCAGGUAGCGCCUCCGCCUUCCUCCAGGAGGUGAAGAAGCUUACCCAGCUGCGUAAGCUCGGGUUGUCCGGCAUCAACCGUCAAACCUGGGAGAGCAUGUGCCAAACCAUCUCAGGCCAGCUUUCCCAUCUCGAGUCCUUGUCGCUGCAUUUGGUGCUGCAGGAGGAGGACGGCGGCCGCUUCGAUUUCGCUCGCUUCGACCGCAUCAGUCGCCCGCCAAAGACGCUACAGUGCCUCAAGAUACUGUACGCGACCACCCAAGGGACAUGGAUAAGGCCAGCCUGGAUCGGGGAGCUUGGGGGUCUGCGCAUGCUAAAGUAUGAAGUGACGGUAUCAGGUCAAGAGGACAUAAAUUCGGGAGUGAGCACCAAGCCGGUGGAGGAGCAUCUCAGUUUCGGAAGUAUGGAUGACGGCAGAACCUUCAGGAUUCAAUGCUCCGGCAACGACCCUAAACCCUCAAAGGCAAUGGUAACGUUUCGUGAUGGUGGAUACUUCCCUCACGAAGCGAUCAGCAUUCACUGCUGCUGCAACUCGUCGACCGUGUCACCCUUCUGUCGUUUGCAGAUUGACGGGCUGAAUCAGAUGAAAUCUCUUAAGCAAGUCACAGUUACGGGCACCUAUGCUCAAGGGCUCAAGCUAAGCUUGCUCGAGCAACUUCAGGAGCAUACAAACAAGCCUGUGAACUUUUGUGAUCACUAG